AUUUUCGUGAGAUGUCCACAGUGCUCGCACAUCACAACAUAUUCUAAAUUCUUUUAUUAUAUAAGCUUAUACCAUAUACAUUUAGCUAUGUUAACUAGGAGACUGUUUAGCAUCAGAAACAAUAUUUUUAGAAGCAUCGUUCGAAAAAAAUCUGCUGUUUCAAAUUCUAUCGAUAUGAACAGAAAGCUUCUAACUGAUUUAAAACUGAAUCAGACGAUUACCAUUCAGGAAAGUCAGUAUUCCAUUUUCUUAAUAAGAGAAUCGCAAAAAACUGCACCUCAUUGUAAUUUUCAGUGAUAAAUAAUAUCAGUGAAAUGGUAGCCAAACCGAGAACUUUCAGAGAUGAAAGGCCUCAAGAGCUUAUGGAAUGGAAAAUGCCCGCAAACCAAUCAAUAUUACCUGCAAGUAGAAUGAUGGAUAGCUAUGUUGAAUGCGUUAUACCCCUAUCUACUGAUGAACAAUUGAGAGAAAAAUAUGCAACUUUUUACAAUACUCUUAGAGUUGGUCGAUUGUUAGAAGAUCUAGAUGUACUUGGAGUCUAUAUAUCUUUCAAGCACAACACUGUUCAUUAUCCUGGACAAUCUCGAAGCCCUUAUGUAAUAGUAACUGCCGCAGUUGAUCAAAUAGAUAUUGAUUCAAGAAUAACGACACUGUCGAUUGAGAAAGAUGUUAUUUUGCGAGGCCAUGUAACAUGGGUAGGAAGAUCAUCAAUUGAAACAACAAUGGAAGAUGCAGACGAUAUCUGGCAGGGUUGUAUGAUUGCAAAAUUUGUCAUGGUAGCCCGGGAUCCUGCUAAUGCCAAAGCAGCCAUCAUUCAUCCCUUAGUGUGUAAAACUCCUGCAGAGAAACUUAUCUUUCAAUUAGGCCAAGAGCUUAAAGGAAAGAGACUACUUGAAAGUUGUCAAUCGCUGCUUAAAAUUCCGCCAAAUGAGGAAGAAACAGAAUUAAUUCAUAAUCUUUUUCUUCAAACAAUAGAUCAAUCGACAAUGAGUUUCCGAAACAUCACUAAGCCUAAAGGAACCAAAUGGAUGAACGAUUCGAAACUGAAAAACUUAUUUCUCUGCUUUCCCGAACAAAGAAAUUUAUAUAACAAAGUAUUUGGAGGUUUCUUGAUGAGAAUUGCAUUUGAAUUGGCUUGGGCAAGUCAAAUGAGCCAUACAAAAUCUAGACCUGUGGUGAAAUCUUUGGCGGAUAUCAGUUUUCGAAAACCUGUCGAUAUUGGAUCACUUCUUUAUUUAUCUUCAAUGAUAGUCUACACAAAAGAUUAUGACACUCAAAUUAAAGUUAAUGCAGAAGUAAUUAAUCCAAUGACAGAAGAAAGAAGUCUAACAAAUACAUUUCAAAUAACCUUUACGAGUGCUGAAAAAGUAGUUCCUAUUAUUCCAGCCUCAUAUUCCGAAUUUAUGAUGUUCAUCGACGGAAAGCGAUUCUACAACAAGUGCAAUAAGUGA